GGUGGGGGCUGGGCCUCGGCUGCAGGAGCUAAGGAGGGGCGGGGGCGUUAGCCGCCGCUGGGGCUGGCCAUGGCUCUGCCUCUGGCACAGCGAGCCCAGCCCUAGCUGCACAAGGUGGCAGCUGUAGGCUGGGGCCGGGAAGGAAGGAGCCAGCUGGGCUUUUGGACCCUCCCUCUUCUGUCACCUGCCCCCUAGGCUCUGCUCCCCACAACCAUCUAGGCCCCGAAGGGGAAGAGCCAGCUGUCUGGUGGGAGACCCUGACUGUCGGGGACCGCAGACAUAGGGGCACAACGAAGGUCCCCCAGGCGCCACCUAGAGCUCUCCGUGUGGCGCCCACCCUGGCAGGGCCUGAGAUCAACUCAGGGGGGUCUCAGCAUUUUCUCAAUUCAAACAGAACAGUCCAUAGGGUAGGAAAGAUAUUUCCUACAACUGAGUUGAUCAGAAAGUCCUAGUUGACUGCAGGACUGAGCAGGAUCAGCCGAUGGCAGAGCUGCUGGGGACGUGCGCUCGGGAGAGGGAGAGGGCCUGGGCAAAGCUCAGAGGCUGGGGGUGCGGAACUCAAAACCGACUGCGGAGAGCCCAGCGGGCCGGAGCUGGGGCGCACGGUGGGGCCCUGCCGAGGGGCGGGCAGGGCCCGGUGCCAGCCCCGGCACCGACGGGACGCCCUCCUCCCUCCGCAGGCGGGAGGAUGCCGCGGCCAGCGAAGGAGGGUGGGCGCAAGGGCCCGCGGGAGCGAAGCGGGAAGAGCGCGCCAGGCGCGGCGCGGGGUGAGGAGCGUGCCAAGGGGGCGCCCGCGACAGAGCCCCCCAAGCCGGGCUGGGCCCUGACGUCGCAGGGACUGGCGGCCAUGCUCCCUGCGCAGCGUCACCGCCAUCUGCUCUUCGGCGACCUGCUGGAGGACGUGGGCGCGGCGGCCUCCACCUUCCCGUGCGGGUCGGUGGAGCCGGGGUACCGCAUGCCCGACCCGCGCCCGUGGACGCAGUCGCUCGAGCUGCCUGCCGAGCGCCAGAACCGGCUCCUCGGCGUCCUCAAGGCAGCGGAGGCCCGCGGGCGAGUCCGCGCCCUGCGGCUGCGCUACACCCGCAUGCGGGCCGAGGAGAUCGCGCUGCUCCUCCAGCGGCAGAAGUCCGCGCGCGCCGCCAUCCGGCUGGAGCUGUUCCUGCCGCCGCAGCUGAAGCCCACGCGGAUCCCGGACCCCCUGGACCGCCAAGAGGUGCAGACAAGCCCCGGUAGGGGCGGGGAAAGGGGAGGGACCCCGCCCGCCUCCGCACACGCCGGGCCCCAGCCUCUCUCCCCUGCAGCGGAGGCGCGUGGAGACCAUCCUGGAGGAGAACGUGGAUGGCACCAUCUUCCCGCGGUGACGGCGACUCAGAGCGUGCGACGGCCCCAGCCUCCCACAUAAAGUUAUAAUUCUCCGAA